AUGGGCCGCACAGCGGAAAAGCGAAAGUUCCAUCACAAGUCCAAAGCAGGCUGCAGGACCUGCAAAAUCAGAAGGGUUAAGUGCGAUGAGACCAAACCACUUUGCAAUCGCUGUCGCAGGCUCGGCAUCACAUGUGACGGCUACCAGACCCUAUCAGCCAUUGAUGAUAGCCAAUUCGACAGCGCCCUCGAAAGACGGAGCUUCUUCUUCUUCCGCGACAAGACGCUGCCCGAGCUGGACAGCUUUGCGAAGUUCAGCUUCUGGGACCGCAUGGUACUCCGACAGAGCUACGAUGGCUGCGCCGUCAGGGCUGUUCUUGCCGCUAUUGGAGCAACUCACGAAGCACUGGAGACAGAAGCAGCUUAUGCUGGCCUUGCAUCAAGAUCACCUAGGCUUGCUAGCGUCUCUGCGAAGAGGAGAGAGCGAGAUCAUAAUCCAGCAACCGCGAUCAUGACCGCAGAAUCUCGGAGCGUCAUCGAGGCCAAUGAAGCUGCGGCAGAGCUUUACCAUCGAGCACUAUCUGUCACAUCUCGCACCCUCUUCACAAUGAAAAUAAGUGACGUUUUGAUGAUCACAAUUCUUCUAGCAUUUCUGGAGAAUAUCCAAGGGAGUAGUGGCUCAGCGAGUCGUCAUCUGGGAGCCGCCCGCAACAUCCUUCGAGAGUACCGGAGAGCGCAACGAGUGUCUUCGCCAGGAAACGAAACGAAUGUAGAGGAUUCUCAUGCAUCACCCGAGUAUGCGCGGUCGAUCAUGGUUGAGGAUGUACUGGCUCCGAUAGCUAUGGAACUCUGUGGUCUGCAAGCAACGAUCUACGAGAAUGCUCUUCCUUCCGACGCCGGUUCUUACAAAGGCGGCCCGGAUAAUCCCUUCGAAUCGUUCCUCGAUGCCUCGGAUCAUUUUCACCGUACAGCACAAAAGAUUUCUGAGUGUUUACCAAUCGACACUCUGCCCGACCAGGCCGUCUCCUCGCCAUAUUUUCGCCUGCUUGAGUAUUGGUAUCGCAAUUUUGAAGCGUUCCUGAGAUCACCUGCGUCGGAGUGCAAUUGCCCGUGGCCACGCAAUCAUGCACAUCACUCCCUAGGCGCCGCUUAUCUCGAGAUCGAGUAUCUUCUUGCCAGAGUGAAUCUCUGGGUCGCCCUGGCGCCAGACUGCCGCAAAGCUACGGCUAUGGAUGACGAGAUUGUUUCAGGCGCAUGGCCGCGCAUUGCAGUAUUAGCAGAGCAGAUAAUGCGUGUCUUACGAGCCACGCCUGAGGAAAUGUCCGCCCGAGGUCUAUUCACCACCCGAAAGUGCUUGGGUUUUCUCACAAACCACGUCCUUGGCUGCUUCCAGCUUGCAGAGGGCUGUCGCGAUCCAAAUCUGCGGCGCAAGGCAGUCGCCAUUCUCAGAGCUUGGCAUUUGAAAGGCAGGUGGGACUCGUAUGUUGUUGCCGAUAUGGCUGAAGCCUUCAUCAAAUACGAGGAAAACCUGGCUUUGCAGAUGCAUCGACGCCAAAUCAUCGCAUCUAUCCUCGCUCGUCCAGACGAUAUCCUGCCGGCAUUUAGGACCAAGAGCGUAGUUGAGCACUCCUCAGACGUUCCAGAAGAAGCCCGAUGCUGGUUUGUCACAGAUGUGCUUUUCGGAGAGUCCGGUGUGGAUGGGGCGUGGACGUUGCUUCAUGAUAAUUUGGCUUCUUGCAAGUCAAUGAAAGUGGUAGUCUUGAGGCGCGUGCAGGCUACUAACGAGGAAUGCCUACUUUGCGACGUCCACGAUUCUACGGGCGAUACGGAUGCGCAGUCAACGCUCAUCGAAUGCAGUCACCAUCUCGUGGCUGUCAAGGAAACGCUCUUCCUCGAUAGAUUUUCUGGUCACGUCCUUCAUCGUACGCAGAAGCAUGACAAUACCUCCAUCGUAGCCACAGACCUGACUUCAACCUCAAUCGCUGGCGCCGAUCCAGUAGGGAGGCCCGCCGGACCAGUUUCUGCUCCUCCUCGCAACGUCGCCGGCUUCUUCCCACAACUUGAGAAGAGACCAGUUCCAGCUCCAGACCCACAAGCUCUACGAACGUCAGCGAGUGCCACAAGGAGGCCUUCGGACAGUUCCGGAACAAAUCUGUGGUCCCGCCUGCGCGACUCUCGUAAUCCAUCCCGAAUGUUCCGAGACAGGUGCCUGCGCAUCAUGCAUCCGCCAUGCGAUCGUCUCAGUCACGAGGAAGAGAUUGUCUGGCGAUCUCGGAGGGCAGGCAGCCCAUCGAAGGCCUUGUCAGCUAUUCCGGUAGUUGCUGACCGAAUGAGUAAUGAGAAACUUCAUCGCACUGCCUUCGCGGCAGGCCUGCGUGUUGAACCAACCAAGCAAAUAAAUGGCACAAAAGGUCGACCGGCCAGCACCGGCGGCUUGAUCGAGAGGAAGAUGGGCCCACUCUACUUCACUGUCUGA